UAUCCUCUCUCUUAUUAAUCCAUAUCAAUUCCCUCUUUUAUCAACAUAUCCUCCCUCUUAUUAAUCCAUGUAAAUCUUUGACCUUAGGAAUGCAUAUCAAUCAAACUACACUCCUCAUACACCCGUCUAAACCGCUUUUAUCUUCUUUGCAGCUCUUAUAUUUCCCCCAUCUUUCUCAAUGUAUAUACAGUACGUGGUUGAAGUCUUCCUUGCACAACAAAGCCCCAACCAUCCCCUUUGCUCUUUCACAUACUAGCUUUCAUACCUCUUGCCUUUCCCCAAAAUCUGGAAGUCCAUAAUUAAUCCAAAAAAAAUUCGACAGGCAUGCCCUCUGUAUCUGUUAAAUUUUUACAUUUCCCUAUUACUUCAUCUUUUACCUGAUCGAAGAACAAACAUCAAUACAUCAACCAAUAAGUGUGAAGCCACAGAAUCAUGAAAGAACCAAUAAGAUUUUCAUUUUUAUUUUUUUUUAUUUUUUUAAAGUUAUUAAUUUGAUUGCCCCCAUUAACGUUCCAAUGAAAUUCAGCCACGUAAACAGUUCCGUUAUACCAGACCUCAGCACACCCAUCCGCUAUCUCUCUUUCCUCAUUCAACAACAUCAUUCAUUACUCGAAGGUCUGCAAAGCCAAACUCCAAUUUUUUUUCUUAAAAAAAAAGAGCACUCUUUCUCGUUCUCUCUCUAAAUCAAAGCGAUGACUGACCCCAUCGAACCAUCAACGUCAAGGAGCUACCCCAAUCCGAAUCCAAGCCCGAUCGCUUUCCUCCACCCGAGACGCGAGCCUUUCGAGCACGGCCUCCUAUCAAUCCAGAAGCUCAUAUUCACCGACCCGGUCCAAGCCCUAACCCCUCUCAAGGAAAAACUGGCAUCGUCCUCAACUCACCGAGUCAACUCGGCUGCCCUCGCUGACGCACUCCAGAUCUCAUCAGACCUUGCGCGUCUCAUCCUCGACACUCUCGCUUCGGUGCUACACUCCGAAUCCGACCCGCUCGUCACCGCCCGACCCGACUAUGUUGAUUCUGUUGGUGCCGAUUUGCGUGAUCUGAUCCUGUUUUUAUACAUUCAAUCGUAUAAGAGGCUUUUGCCGCGCUCCCACAAGGACUCCGCCGCGGUUGCCGAUGUUUGGCCUUCCACUUCAGCAUUCGACGGUUACUUAUCGGCCCUUUCGCCCUUGCAGCUUGUCCGCUGCAACACCCGUCGAUUUAUGCCAUCACAGGCUGAUGAAGAGGCCCAUCAGUUGUCCUAUCUACAAAAGCACUUGGCUAAUAUUCUCUCUCUUUUGUCAGAGACUGUGGAAGGGGAAGGAGAGUCUCUGGUUUUAACCAUGGAUGGGUUUGAGCACCUUGGGUUUCUGAUUCAAUUUGGUGACAAGGGAUCUGAAGGAGUACCUUUAAGCCAGGCUGCGCCAUUUUUUUCUAAUUCAGAUCCAGACAUGCCUGCUGUUCCUGUUCCAGCUGCGCAAGUUCAUGAUUGGCUUCUACAGAAUAUAGCUUCAUCUUUAGAACAUGUUACUGAAAAAAUUUCUGCAAAAGAAAAUGGUUCUCCAAGUGGCUCAGAUCAGGAUGUUGCUAUGGCUGAUGCUAGUCCAAGUUCAGCCAAAGCCUUGGCAAGUGCAAGGAGUCCGUAUUUCAUUGAUGGGGUCUCUAAAUCAUCUUAUGUAAAGCAGGCAUCUGAUCUUAAGAAUUCUUCUGUGAAGGUCAUUAAUUGCCAUGAUUCAGUCAUUUACAUUUUAGCGCCUUUGAGAUAUGCCACCAUUUAUGGAUGCUCUGAUGCUACUAUAGUUCUUGGAGCUGUUGGCAAGGCAGUAAGACUUGAACACUGUGAACGAGUUCACGUGGUUAUUGCAGCAAAACGAGUCUGCAUUGCCAAUUGUCGUGAGUGUGUAUUCUUUCUGGGAGUAAACCAGCGACCCCUUAUUGUUGGUGAUAACCACAAGCUGCAGGUGGCACCAUAUAACACAUUCUACUCUCAGUUGGAGGAACACAUGACUGAAGUUGGUAUUGAGGCAACUAUCAAUAGAUGGGAUGAACCAUUGGCACUUGGAAUGAUUGAUCCACACUCUCCAUUAUCUCGUCCUGCAGGCGUUUCUGACGCUCAAGCCGAGUCAGCAGCACGUCUAGACCCUGAUCAGUUCACAAAUUUUCUGAUUCCGAACUGGAUUGAAGGUGAACCCCUUGGGUUGACCAAGGAUAACCCAUUCCCCUUACCUGACAAAUACUUGACAUCUCAGCAAAGAAAUCAAAAGAAUUUAGGUGAGAUAAAACAAAUAUUGAGAGAAGCUCCACUUGAAGAAAAUCGAAAAAGAGAAUUAUCGUGUGCUCUUCAUAUAUACUUCAAAGACUGGUUAUAUGCUUCUGGAAAUAUUCGACAGCUUUACUGCCUACAAGGCGACUGAUACGUCUACUUGAUUAGAUGAGGUAUAGAAGGAGAACGGUUUAUGGUUUUCUUUCAGUUUCAACCCUUUGCCAGUUCCUCAGGUCAUUUCUGUGGGUACAACAGGCAGCUGAGAAUCACCCUUGUAAUUUGGAAGGGCACAAAAAUUAUAUGGAUUGGCUCUUAUGCGCAGAAUGCAAUCACAUACACAUUUGCUAAUCUCAAUGUAAUAUUCUUUUGGACCAAAAAAGGGAAAUAAUCUUACGGUGAUAUUUGUUCACCUAGGUCUGCUAUCUUCUCAAUUUUUUCAUCUCCUUGAUCUACCCAUGUGAAUUUAAAUACUGUAUCUUUUUUUUUUUUUUCUAACUUAGAGUAUAUCAAAAAUUAAACUUUGAUUAUAAAAAUUAAAAAUUCAAUAUUUUGGAAGCAGCUCAAAUAAUUGUUUGUUUAAUGAAUCUAUGUUGGUCCAAUGCUUUUUUUUAUAUAUAGUUUUUUCCUUUUUUUUUUUAAUUAGGUUUUGAUGGUAGCAAGUUCAAGACAAUGUAGUUAUAGGGAUGCGGUGGAAAACACUGAUUCAAAAGGCUAUAAAAGAGAAGAAAGGAACGUGUGUUUAUAGCCUUGGCUUAGUGGUAAGGUUAACAAGACUUUGUGCAGAGGUAAGAAAAAAGGUUUCAAAACUUAAGGUAAAGUUUGGUACGAGAUCAUCAU